GGUAAAGCUCUAUCUUAGCUUGGGAUCCGCUAUAAAGAAGAAAACCGUUGUCUCCGCCAUUAGAGAGUCUUCUACGCUUUGUUGGUGUCUUUCAGAUCUAGAAACGCAAAUGUUCUUCUUAUUAUUUUAAAUAGCAUAUACAAUAUCAUGUAAAUCAUUUAAGGCAGUCAUAGUCGACAUAGAAGUCUCUCUUGCAGUAAGUGGUUUUGUUAACAACCGUCGCUCUCAGUCUAACGUUACUGGGUGUGGUUCAGAAACAAACAACGGGUAUUAAUAAUAUAUAUCGAAGUCUGAUUCUACUGAAAUCGACAACAUUAUGAAGAGCGCUUUCAAAUCCUUUCAGAUAUUUCUACUAUUGUGUGGUGUGUUUGGUGCUGAUGAAGAUGAAGUGAAGUCAGUGAUGGUGAUGGAGGGAGAUUCUGUCACUCUGAACCCUGAUCUCACUCAAAUAAAUAAAUUUAAUCUGAUAGACUGGAGGUUUGGAGAUCCAGUCAUUGCUAAAAUUUUUGGAAAAGAUAUCUCAUAUCCCAGUCACACUGAGAUAUUCAGAGACAGACUGCAGCUGGAUCAGACUGGAUCUCUAAGCAUCAAAAACAUGAGAACCAAACACUCUGGACUUUAUAAAGCAGAGAUCAGCCACAGCACUGGGACCUCAUUUAGGAAAUUCAAUGUUACCAUCUAUGCGUCUCCAUCUGUUUUUGCUGGAGCUGAAGCUGAAAUGAAGAGUGUGUCGGUGAUGGAGGGAGAUUCUGUCACUCUUCAGACUGAUGUUCCUCAACUAACUGGAGAUGAGCUGAUAGUGUGGAGGUUUGGAGAUGAAGGAAAACUCAUAGCUAAAGCUGAUAUAGAGGCCAAGAGCUCAUCAUUAUAUGAUGAAACUGAUGAGAGAUUCAGAGACAGACUGAAGCUGGAUGAGACUGGAUCUCUGACCAUCACAAACACCAGAAUCACAGACUCUGGAGAAUAUAAAGUGAAGAUCAGCAGCAACAAACAGACUUUAUACAAGAGAUUCAUUGUAACUGUCAGUGAACGAGGUUUCUCUGGAGGUGCUGUAGCAGGGAUUGUUAUUGCUGUUCUGCUGCUGGCUGCAGCUGUAGCUGGUGUGAUUUACUACUUCCUUCGCCCCAGGAUCAUUAAUCUACCAAACCAAACAUGGUCAGUGAUGGUGGGAAAUCAUGUCCCUCUAAACCCUGAAACUGAAAUACAGAGAGGAGAUGAGAUACAGUGGUUAUUCGGGGUUAAAGACUCUCUCAUCGCUGAAAUCAAAGGAGAGAACAGAGAGAUGAAGACAUAUGACGGUCCUGGUGAGAUAUUCAAGAACAAACUGAAGCAGGGCGAGACGACUGGAUCACUGACCAUCACAGACAUCAGAACUGAACACUCUGGACUCUACACUCUGAAGGUCAGAAGAGGAAGAGAAACCUUCUACAAAAGAUUCAUUGUUUAUGUCAAAGAUAUGAAGAUAUCAGUGAUGGAGGGAAAAUCUGUCACUCUACACCCUGAUACUGGUAUACAGAAAAGUGAUGAGGUUCAGUGGCUGUUUGAUGAUAAAGAUCAACAGACUGUCCUGACUGAAAUCAAGAACACAAAGAUGCUUAUAUAUGAUGGUCCUGAUGAGAGAUUCAGAGACAGACUGAAGCUGGACGAGAUGACCGGCAUACUGACCAUCACAGACAUCACAGCUGCACUCACUGGACGCUACACUCUGAAGAUCACAAGAGGCGGAGACAAAAUAUAUAAAAGAUUCUACAUUUCUGUCAUCAGUCGCUCAAAGAGGAAGAUAACCGUGACGGAGGGAGAAUCUGUUACUCUAAAUCCUGCUAGAAAAAUAAGCAAAGAUGAUUUGAUACACUGGCUGUUUGGAGAUAAAGUGCAACAGACUCUCAUAGCUGAACUCAAUGUAAAGACCGGAGAGAUCUUAACAUAUGAUGAUGUUGCUGAUGAGAGAUUCAGAGACAGACUGGAGCUGAACAAGAAGACUGGAUCUCUGAUCAUCAAGAACACCAGAACCAAACACUCUGGAGUCUAUAAACUACUGAUCAUCUCCAGCAGAGGGAAUAAAGAACAGACAUUUACUGUCACUGUCUGCGAUAAAGUGGAGGAGAAAAAACUGAUAGGAGGAGAUUCUGUCACUCUAAACCCUGGUACUGAAAUACAGAGAGAUGAUCAGAUCCUGUGGAUGUUUGGAUAUCAAGACAAGGUCAUCGCUCAAAUCAGAGGAGGAACAGUAGAUGAUGAUGUUAAUGAGAGAUUCAGAGACAGACUGAAGCUGGACGAGACUGGAUCACUGACCAUCACAGAGAUUGAAGCUGAACACAUGGGACUCUAUAAGCUACUGAUCAUCAGCAGCAGCAGAGGGAUCUUGUUCAAGAGAUUCAAUGUUUCAGUACCACCAAGGAUUGUGGAAGUGAAUAGGGAGAAAUCUGUCCAUCUAAACACUGAUCUUACUGAAAUACAGAGAGAUGAUGAGAUAGAGUGGAGGUUUGGAGAUGAAAACUCUCUCAUCGCUGAAAUCAAAGGAGGGACUGGAGAGACACAUGAUGUUCCUGAUGAGAGAUUCAGAGACAGACUGGAGCUGAACGAGAAGACUGGAAAUCUGAUCAUCAACAACUCUACAUAUGAACAUGCUGGACGUUAUAAACUGAAGAUCAGCAGCAGUGAAGGGAACAAAAACAGGACAUACACUGUUACUGUCAGAAAUGCUGCUGUCACAAAAGAAGCGAGGACUGAAUCAUUGAUGAAGGAAAAGACUGAUUCCAGAAGAAACCGAGAGAAUGAAUCAGUGACUGUAGAGAUGCCACUGUUGAAUAGAGAUGAUCUGAAUGUAGAGAAUGAGGAGGAGAGGAUGAGUUCACUUUAACAACAUAAGACCCGCCCACAAGUGUCAAUCACUCUGACAUCAUCAACAUGAAUACUGUUGAGCUGUUAAACUUGCAUGUACAAAGCUUCUUUAGUUUGAGAUGAACCGAGAAACAUGUUUGUCAUUUUAAUAUUACACUUCAUUCUUUUACUCUAUUUAGCCUGAUACUAGUUUGACUCACAGCUUUGAUUUCGUGUGAUUGUAGUCAGUGAGUGUCUGAAAGUGUCAUUUAUUUUUUAUAAGAUGUUUUACCACAGCAGUAUCUUUGAUUAUUUUAUUCUCUGUUUUAUAUGAUAAACACCAGAAAGUAUCAGAUUAAUGUUCAUGUUCAGUGUUGAUUACAGUCUGUUUCCAAGCUGAGGUCACAAAAUCUUCUUGUUCUUCGUGUUCAUAGUGCCUCUGUGUUCACGCUGAAGCAUUUGACAUGAGCCUUAUUGUACUAGUAGCAAAA